CUUUCCAAAUCAACCCUCGCCUUGGAGGAGGAACACUGUCCGCCUCUAAUCCAGCAGAGGGACCAGGUGUACCUCGAGCUUUCGAAAUCCUUGAAGGAGAAACACCGUGCAGAGCUAGUUGAGCAGAAGAAGGAGGAGCUGUACGAACUCCUCGCCAACGCCCACGCUAAUUCCGCGGCCUCCUCGCUGGACAAGAAUCUGCUCAAGGAUCUCUCUACACAAAUCAAGCCUAGACUAGAGGACCCCCAAUGGUGCAAGAUAACUAGAAACAAGAAGGUGACUGAUUUGGCUGCGUCGGUGGUUAUUCUUGCUACUUCUGCUCUCACUUACUGUGCCUUGACAGCUGGUCCUGAAAUAGUAAAGUAUGAUGGACAUCUUGUUACUGUUCAGAGUCUGCCCAUUCUACAAGGACAUGAGCCUGCUGCUACUGCUAAGGGAGUUCACAAGCAAGAUGUGCAGAAGUGAAGGAGUUGAAGAAGAGAUGCAUCUUGUUUUGACGGAGAAGAAACAGAUAUCAGUUCUUUUCCAGCACCAUGUUAUGUAUGUCUCUUGAAAUGACUGUAUAUGGUCUGCCACCUAUAUAUGUCUUGUCUAUGAUCUGCCACCUAUAUAUGACUAUGAUCUGCCACCUUUAUAUAUGAUAUGACUUCGUAGUGUUACUAGA